AUGAACACGGAUGACCAGUACUACUCCACAGCCCACAUCUACAAGGACUCUUGUGCAUUUCAGAGGAACCAGGGCCAGGACUAUUGCCCAAGCCCCCCAGCAUGUCUCUACAUGGGAAGGCAGCAGCCCUCCACCUAUUCCAACUCAGUCAUAAGUUUGGAUCCAGGAAGUCCCCCAGAUAUUUCACCCUACGAGGUGCCACCUAUAUCAGAGGACCCAAUUGUGCCCCAUCUUCACCAUCAUCAUCACCUUCAUCACCAUCACCCUGGGAUCCCUCACCCCCAACAGCAAACAAUGCCUUAUCCAGAGGACACAGAUCCUGGACUCUUAGAUGAACGCAACAGAACCAUUUUACCAUUUCCAUGGAUGAAAUCCACCAAAUCACAUACCUGGAAAGCACAGUGGACAGGUGGCUCCUAUAUGAUGGAACAAGAAGAAAACAAGAGAACAAGGACAGCUUACACCAGGGCCCAGCUUCUAGAGCUGGAAAAGGAAUUCCUCUUUAACAAGUACAUCUCUAGGCCUCGGAGAGUUGAGCUGGCCGUCAUGCUGAACCUGACCGAGAGACACAUAAAGAUCUGGUUCCAGAACCGUAGGAUGAAGUGGAAGAAGGAAGAAGACAAGAAGAGAGGGCGAGGAAGUGACCCGGAACAAGACUCUGUGGUGUCUUCUGCUGAUAUUAUAAAGGAUGAGACCCAGUGUAUGGGAAACACUCCACCCACGAGGGACUUGGUGCUGUCACCUCCUCUGCCAACAUCAUCAUCGUCCGCACAAGCUGAAAAGCGAUAA